AUGUUCCAUUUAUUUCUUGCAGACUCGGAAAUUAAAUCACAAAAUCACAUUGCCAUAGAGAGUUUUGCAGUGACUGUGAAGGGGAUUGCUCAGUUACUGCAGACAUUCGGCACAGAGCUGUCUGAGAUGGAGCUACCUGAUGAAGCCAGUGGCAUAGAGUACCUACUCAGAUCACACACUGAGAAAUACAGGCAGAUGAAGGAUGACAUUAGGUCAGUUAUGAGAGAAGGAUGCCAGCUUCUCUCAAACCUCGAGGCCUCAAAAGCUGUGGAAGGUGCUGCAGCAGAAGACAGAGACAUCAGCCAAGACAAAGAAAGAGUGCAGAGACUCGUGGCUCAGGUACGUGACAUGGAAAUGGCUUUUGAUGGCUUUUUUGAGAAGCACCACCUCAAGCUCCAACAAUACCUUCAACUGCUCCAAUACGAGAUGAGCUUCCAUGAGAUGGAAGCCAUUCUGGAGAAACUCAGUGCGCAGGAGAAAGCCAUUGCAUCUGUGGGGACAACAGUGGCCCAGACAGAGCAGCUGCUCAAAGACCUUGAGAUGCUGGAAACCACAGCAGAGGAAGAAAUGGGCCGUGCUCAGAUUAUUAUUCUACAUGGGCACCAGUUGGCAGCGAGUCAUCACUAUGCUCUUGCCCUAAUAGUUCAGCGCUGCAAUGAAUUGAGGCAUCACUCUGACACUCUCACUACAGCUCUUCGUGCCAAACGGGCAUCUCUCACGCGCAUACGAGACCUGCUGUUGCGGUUGGAGCAGACUGUGCGUUGGUGUGAUGAGGGGGCCUAUCUGCUGGCAAACCAGCUGCUGGAUAAGUUUCAGUCAAAAGAGGGGGCGCAGGCAGCCCUGCAGGACAUUGAGAAACUGAUGGAGACAGCUCCCUCAGUGCUGCGGUCUAACCCGGACAUUCUCAGUCUGGAGUUUGAAACAAUACUCACUCCACAGUUGCAGUCUCAGAUAGAGUCUAUCACAGAAAAGCUAUCAACAGUGCAGGGAAUGAUCCAGAGCAGACAGGCCUGUCUGAGGAAACUGGCUGAUAUUCAAGUCAGACCCAUCCAGCUAGUCGCUCCAAGGCCCGAGAACUCACCACGCUGCAGAUCCCCUGUAUUCUCUCCUAAACACAGUUUUGACGUGAACUCCAGUUUAAGGUUUUCUUUUGAUCUUGCACUUCCUGGUAAAAGGGCCUCACGGAAAGGUCCCAGCACUAAAAAGAUAGAGGUCAUGCACGACUACGAGGAGAACCGCAGCUGUCUGUCUUACAGCCCAGAGGGAGUUGAGAACCCAGACCAACACAAACGCCACGUGAUGAAGGAGAUGAUUGAGACGGAGAGAAUCUAUGUGGAUGAGCUGCUGUCUGUUUUGCUGGGUUACAGGGCAGAGAUGGACAACCCAUCUCUCUCUAAUAUACUGCCAUCUGUACUGCGAAACAAGAAAGAAGAGCUGUUUGGAAAUCUGCCGGAGAUCUAUAAAUUCCACAGCAGGAUAUUCCUGCAGGACCUCGAGAGCUGCUUAGAGACCCCAGAGAGAGUGGGAGCACGCUUUCUGGAACGGAAAGAAAAUUUUCAGGUCUAUGAGCGCUACUGCCAGAACAAACCUCGCUCAGAUGCCCUCUGGAGGCAGUGUUCAGAUUCAGCUUUCAUCCAGGAGUGCAAAAAGAAGCUGGAUCAUAAACUAGGCCUGGACUCAUAUUUGCUGAAACCUGUUCAACGUUUAACCAAGUACCAGCUUCUUCUGAAGGAACUACUAAAACACAGCUCAAACUCACAGUAUGCAUCUGAGUUGCAAGGGGCGCUAAAUGCCAUGCUGGACCUCCUCAAGUCUGUCAAUGACUCCAUGCAUCAAAUUGCCAUCACUGGUUAUGAGGGCGAACUGAGUGACUUGGGCCGUGUCCUUAUGCAGGGGUCUUUCAACGUCUGGAUCAACCAUAGGAAAGGGCCAACACGCAUGAAGGACAUGGCUCGCUUUAAACCAAUGCAAAGGCAUCUGUUCCUUCAUGAAAGAGCUCUGCUUUUCUGCAAGAAGAGAGAGGAGAGUGGAGAGGCACGUGAUCGGACAGCCUCUUACAGCUUCAAACACUGCCUGAUGAUGAGUGCUGUUGGUAUCACAGAAAACGUCAAAGGGGAUGUAAAGAAGUUUGAAAUUUGGUAUAACGGAAAAGAGGAGGUGUAUGUUGUUCAGGCUGCAACUGUAGAUGUGAAGACUGCAUGGCUCACUGAGAUUAGAAAAAUCCUCAACAAUCAGCAAAAGAUUGACAAAGGUGAUGCUCACCCGGAUGGUGAGCAGUCAUUAUCUCCACCCUUGGCCGACAGCAAGCUCCAGGGGGCGUCCAUCAGCUCUGAGGAGGCCGAUUCAGGCCGCGUGAGUCCGGUUUUGACAGACCCAGUCAUCGUUUCUCCACGUCCUCGCCACCAAAACCACCGCAGCUGGCCAGGGACAUCUCACUCAGUGGACAUCUGUGAGGGUCUGGAGGACUGGACCACUGACCUUUCGAACAUUUCAGACUCUGAUGAAGAAGACGAUGUAGUGCUUGUUCCUGGAAGGUAUAGAGCAAUGGUGGACCACUUAAAGUGUGGCAUGGAUGAUGUAAUCAUCAAAUGUGGUGAUGUCAUUCACGUGCUUAAGGAGAGUGCCAUGGGGCUUUGGCAUGUUAAGAAUUUGACUAGUGGAGGUGAAGGAAAACUCCCUGUUGAUACACUGCUGAGAAUGGUGGGAGAUGCAGGCAGAUGCAUUAGGCCAGGAGGGGGGCUUAUGGUACGGGAAAUAUAAACAGCAGGAAGCCCAGCAACACAUAAGUACAUAAACCACAUGUACACAAAGCUCACACCAUGUGACAACCCUAAAGGCCAUUAUUGUCAUUCAGGACUGAGCCCAGUCACGCCAACCUGAAGCACACAAACAAACACCAAGUCAGGAAAACUGAGCCCCCUAGUCAAGAGAAAGUUUCCAUCUGCCUUCAGUGGGGAUUUUGGAUUAUGCUGGAUUUAAAGACAAAAAGGGAUUCCUCUCUCUCCUCGAACGUGUCAAUAACACCACCUACAACAAUACAGUCUGGAAAUAAAAGGAGCUUUGCAAAGCACUUUACACUGAUCUUCUUCACCCCUGGAAAGUACCAUCACCAUGCUGUGCCAUAACAUGAUAUAAAACAUGUAUUUGUGUAGAUAGCACAGUAUUUAACUGUAUAUUAAAAACAGGAAGGUUUAUGGCAUGGGGCAUAAACUGGCUUGAGAGAAUAGUAAACUUUUUUUUUCUCUUCUCGGUUGGGUACAGUGGUUGGACAUUUGUUUUAAAAAACCAUUUUAGUAAUGGAAUGGAUACCAGUGCUACAAAGAAUGAAAGAUAAACUAAACAUCAGUAUCUAGCUUAUGUGCCAAAACCUAACAUUCCAUUUCCAAACUUACCAGGAUAACACUAAUUCCUCUUUUUUUAUUACUCUGAUUUUACAUUGGCAUCAGUAUUUCUCCAAGAAAUAUUUCAGAGAAAUAUGUGCAAGAAAUAUUAUUUAAGAGAGCACAAGUUAAAGUUAAAACUUUACAAAUCCCUAGUCGGCAAUGUGAUUGCUUUAUUGCUUCACGUUUAUGCUUAAAACAUACUGCUCACCUUCAGAUGAUCUGUGUUUAUAUUCAUAUUCAUUUUAAGCCAGAUCAAAUAUGGCUGUUCUGGACUACUUAGCAUUUUCUUAGUUAUCAAUGUGUUUUUAAAUGGGUUUACUGUAGAAACAGCAUAAUUCAUUUGUUAAUAUUUUGUCUAAAAUUUUUAUUUUUUUUACCACAUCCACCAUAUUUGGGUCAGUUUUUGUCACUGAAAUAAAACUUGGUGGUAUACAUCAUUAUAACGUCCACUGUAAACUUGUCCAUUUCAUUAUUUUUAAUUAACUUUCUCUGCACUCACAAUGCGCAUUUCAUUAACCGCUUAGAAACCACUGAGGUGAAUUUACAUUAGCUAACCUCAUUAAAAACUGCAAUGAAUAAAUACACUACUGUUCAAAAGUUUGGGGUUAGUAAGAUUUUUACAAAGAUUUUUUUG